GUCUUCUGCGCGAAGGCCAGCCUGACACCUUCCCCGACGCGUUGUGUUGUGAGCCGGUGCGAUGGGCGGCAGGGUGACCCGCGUGCUUAGCAAGUUUAACGUGGAGAGCCGAGCGCACCGGGAAAUCAGCAAGAAGAAACCCAAGCCUGCCCCGCGCCACCUCACCGCAGCCAAGCCGGAUUGGUCUGCCGAUUUCCAAGAAGAGAUAAAGAAAAAAGAUGAAAAGCUUCUUACUUUCUUGAAGGAUGUCUAUGUUGAUUCCAGUGAUCCAGACUUGCAAAGGAAAAAAAAAGGGAGAAAUCUCCCACAUAAGCAGGAGGAUUACAGGCCGGUAAUAGAUGGACAGUUCAAUUAUCUGGACAUUCAGACUGUUCCCAAAGGCAAAGUCUUGAUAGAGGAAGCCAUGACUCUUCUCAACAAUCAUCACCGCUCUCCAGAGACAUGGACUGCUGAGAAAAUAGCAGAGAAAUAUUCUUUAGAACUGAAGGACGUGAAUAACCUUUUAACGUUCUUCAUCCCGUUUGUUAUGGAUUUCCUUCCUUACAAAGACCAGAAAACCCUGGACUCCAAAUAAAAAUAGCAAUCAGAACUCGAGAGAGUUUGUCAAUGCUCAACCAUAAUUACAUAUUAUCUACAGUAAUUCUUCCUCCCCCAUCAAUCGAACAUAGGCGGUUUCAGUAGUGUCUGCAUUUUCUGUGGCACAUCUGUAUCAGCAAACCAACCUGAUCAUGGAGCUGUGAAGUGCCAGGUGGGGGAGAUGUGCCCGCAGCAGUUACGCAGUUUUUUUAAAUAUUCUAAAAAUGUUGGCUGCCUUGUGGAUGAUGUGUUCCAAAGCAUGUGUUCAUUAUUCAGAAUUAGACAAUAAAAGUGCAGGUUCUUUGCACCUGAUGUUUUUCAGCUGGAGCUCUGGAGAAACUUCUGCCCUAAUAGCAUUCUGCAAAUAGCUUUCAAAACAGAUUUGUAUCUUCCUUCUGAGAAAUUGCCAGUGCGUAUCUGUAGUUAUUAUAUUUGGUCAACAAAGGAGCACGCAUACAAAUGGGGAAGAUUAAAUUUAGGGAUGGCGUUCUUUUAAUUUUGAGUUUAAUUACCGGUGUUAGAAACAAAGAGUGUUUGAAGCAAAUGCUGUUUUUCCUCUGUUUCGGUGACUUUGGAUCCUAAUUCUAGUUAUUCUUCCUUACUACCUUGUUCAUCUUAAUAUCCUAUUGUUAAUUAUUGGCAUCAUACCCAUGAAAUCUGUCUUAACUUGUUUCAGCCUGUCAGUAAAAGUCUGUAAUUGAUAACUAGUGAAGGUUCUGCAUUUUAUGACUGUGUGGAAAUAAUGAUUGAGAUACAGCUUUUCUCCUUUCAGUUCUAAUACAUUUGUUCUAGCUACUUA